AUGGCUUUUAUUCGGCUAAGUUUGCAAGCGGAUUCAGUUUCAGUAAGCUAUCCGCUUGGAAACACCGCGAAGGUUUCAUCAAGCUACAACUAGCAAUGCCAUUUCUCAAAAUACCUCCAACUAGUCCCCCAUUGUCAACACUGCUGGACAUUAAAUCACAGAAAUGUGGACUGCGGCACACAGUUUUCUCAGCCAGUGGAAACGAAUACACCGGGGAGUGGCAGAACAAUAAGAAGCAUGGCAAGGGAAAUCAAGUUUGGAAGAAGUCUGGUGCCAUUUAUAAUGGAGAGUGGAAAUUCGGAAAACGUGACGGGUAUGGUACCUACAGCAUUUUACUCCCAGAAUCACAGAAGUAUGUGAAGAAGUACUGUGGUGAAUGGACAGAUGGAAAGAAGCAUGGGUACGGCACAUACUUUUACAAAAACUCAUCAGUGUAUGAGGGGGAGUGGAGCGAGGACCAACGGAGUGGCUGGGGAAGGAUGUACUAUGCAAAUGGAGACAUCUAUGAGGGCAAGUGGCUGAAGGAUAAGAAUCAUGGAGAAGGAAUCUUUAUAUUUUCAAAUGGAAACAGGUAUGAAGGUAGCUGGCGAGAGGGGAAGAAGGAUGGUAGUGGAAAGUUCUACUACUGUGACAAAGGCCAGCUUUAUGAAGGCCUUUGGGUGGAUGGAGUGCCAAAAUGUGGGACCCUGUCUGAUUUUGGGAGAGAUGGAGCACCAAUGCCUGCAAAAUAUCCGAUUCCAAAGGUACACCUGAUCGAUACACAGCUGGUUUUAAGGGAAGCCGAAUCAGCUUACCUUGGCCGGUUCUGAUAAACAGCAAGAGGAUCAAGAGCAAGUUUCCACUUCACCGCAUGCUUGCUGAUAAAGAAUUUAAAAAAAAAAGCAUAAUGGGUUCUCAGCAUGUAUCCAUUUUG